AUGGAUUUGAAUGAUUCUAGUGAGGAUGAUGAAAUUUAUUCAUUAGUGUUUAAUAGUGAUAAUAAUAAUAAUAAUAAUGAAUGUGAUAUUGAAAACAGUGACAAUAGUGAUAAUGAAAAUUUCGUUAGUUCACAAAUAAAUGACAUUAGUGAUUUAUGGGAGUGUGAUAAUUGUGACGCAAAUGAUUGGUUGCCUCAUUUUGAUAAAACACCAGGUGCACUCAUUGACAUACCCGCAAAUCCUACUUUACUGUUUGAACAAUACUUUUGCGAUGAAUUUUUACAAAAUAUUCUUAAUUGUUCCAAUGAAUAUGGACUAAAACACAGAGACAAUUUUGAACUAAUUAAUUUGAAUGAACUUAAAAUUUUUAUUGGUAUCCAAAUAUUGAUGGGAUUAAAGCAAAUUCCACAAGAAAAGUCUCAUUGGUCAAACGAUUCGCUUUAUAAAACAGAAUUAAUUUCUAAUGCAAUGACACAACAGAGAUAUCUGACAAUCAAACGUUCUAUGCAUUUUCACAAUCAAAAUUCAGAUAUUGCAACUAUGGAACUUAAUGACCCAUUGUUUAGAGUAAGAUUAUUAUUAGACCAUAUGCCUAAAAUCAGUCAACUAUUGUAUCAACCAAACAAGGAAUUAACAGUUGAUGAAAGUUUGAUUGGAUUUCAUGGCAAAUUUAGCCAAGCUCAAUACAUGCCUAAUAAAUCCCAUAAGCGCGGUAUUAAGUUUUACGUUCUUUGCGAAUCCUCAACAGGAUUUAUGCUAAAUUGGCAUUGCCAUUCCACUAAUGAUAAAGGGACAGAAAGCUUUAGUGAACAAAUUGUUUUGAAAUUGUUAGAACAUGUUGGUGAAUUUUCUGGUCAUGAAGUUUACACCGAUAAUUUUUAUACAUCAAUACCUUUGGCCAAAUCAUUAAUAAAUCGAAAUAUUGGUAUCACAGGUACUAUCAGAAUCAACCGCAAAGGACUUCCUAUUAAUUUCAAAAAGCCAUUCACUAACUCUGAAAAAUUGAACAAAACAAAAAGAGGUCCCAUCUAUAUGCGAAAUGGGAAAAUAUGUUGUGUUCAAUGGUUUGACAAUAAAUUAGUUACUGCAAUAUCGACACAUUUAACUAAAGGAGAAGUCCAAAAAGAACGUAUUUUAUCACAAAAUAUCACAUCAACAAUAAAUGUCCCAAACAUUAUUCGACAGUACACAAAAUUUAUGGCGGGUGUAGAUAUAUAUGACCAAAAACUGAGUUACCAUCACUACAGCCAUCGAGUAGCAUUUUGGCCCCAAGUAGUUUGGCAUUUAAUUACAAAUGUGUCGAUGAAUAACUGUUAUGUUAUUUACAAAUCAUCAACUAUUAAACCAAUGCCAUCAGAAGCUUUCAAAAAGCAAAUCGCUAUUCGUUUAAUCAAUAAUACUGAACAUAUCCAUCACAAUGUAUUUCGUAAUAGUUGUGUUAACUCAAAACUCGUAUCAAUUAAAUCUACCAGCAGAUCAAAUGUUAUGGAUUGUUAUAUUUGUUUCAAAGAUCAAAAACCACGUAAGCAAACAUCAUUUAUGUGUGAAAGUUGCAAAAAACCAUUAUGUGCAAAGACGAUGGACAAAUCACUGUCAUGUUUCCAAAAACAUCUUGGAUAUAAAAUAAUUGCUUAA